AUGGACGAUGUCCUGGCAGGAAAAGAAACAGCACGAGAAUUCCCGAGAAUCCACCCAUCUUUCUCUGCGUCGCAGCGUGUUGCGGCAUUCUCUCGGAUACAUAGUGCGCAUCGCGUCCAUGCGCUGCACGAACGUUUUCUUCAGCACCCACGCAUUUUGGAUGUUGUGGAGCAUCUCUCGGGGCCGGACAUUCUGGCACUGCAGAGUAUGGUCUUCUUCAAGGAACCUGGGCAGCCGGGACAAAGCCUAAUCGCUGCGUGGGUCGCCGUUUCAGAUGCCACCGAGGAAAACGGUUGUCUCUUGUUCCGCGGAGGCUCCCAAGUCGAGCCGACUUAUCCAUGCACCGGGAACUCAUUCACACAGACUGCUAACGGACUGGACGGCGUCUUCCAGAAUUUCACGGCACCUGUCCUGGAACCCACAGAUAACCAGCUAACUCCGGUCGCUGAACGUUAUCCGGAGAUUCCAUGUCCUGCAAAACCUGGCGAUGUUGUCUUUUUCCGGGGAAAUAUUAUUCACCGUUCACACGCCAAUAACAGUACCACACCGCAGCGUGCCUUUGUCGCGCAUUACUGCGACGCAAGAAGCGUUGUGCCAUGGAACAUUGGCCGUGGCUGGGAAAGGAUGGAUGGAGGAAAGUGUGCCAAUGAUCAGCAUAUCCUGGCGAGAGGAGAUAGCCAUUUGCCUUAUGCACACCCCAGAUUUGGCACGCCUAUACAGCGACUUUGA